AUGUGGAGCUGCGGCCCACUCAACAGCACGGGCAGCCUUGAGGACCAACUCCUCUGCCAGCACUUCUACGUGGUCCUGUCCGUCUUCUCUCUGCUCUACCUGGUCGUCGGCGUCCCCAUCGGCCUGGGCUACAACGCCCUGCUCGUCCUGGUCAACCUGAACGACCAGAGCAGCAUGACCAUGCCCGACGUCUACUUCGUGAACAUGGCCGUGGCAGGCCUGGUGCUCAGCGCCCUGGCGCCCGUGCACCUGCUGGGCCCCUCCGCCUCAGGGUGGGCCCCGUGGGGCUUCAGCAGCGAGGCCCACAUCACGCUGCUCGUGCUGUUCAACGUCUCCUCCCUGGUGACCAUGUACUCCACGGCCCUGCUCAGCCUCGACUACUACAUCGAGCGGGCUCUGCCGCGCACCUACAUGUCCAGCGUCUACAACACCAGGCACGUGUGCGGCUUUGUCUGGGGCGGGGCCCUGCUCACCAGCUUCUCCUCCCUGCUCUUCUACAUCUGCAGCCACGUGGCGGCCAGGAUCGUCGAGUGCUCCAAGAUGCAGGACACAGAGGCUGCUGACGCCAUCAUGGUGUUCAUUGGGUAUCUGGUCCCCACCCUGGCCGUGCUCUAUGCGCUCGCGCUCAUCUCAAGGAUCCGGAAGGAAGACACGCCCCUUGACCAGGAUGCGGGGAGGCUGGACCCCUCGGUGCACAGGCUUCUGGUGGCCACCGUGUGCACACAGUUUGGGCUCUGGACGCCUCACUACCUGACCCUCCUGGGGCACACGUUGCUUGCCUUGCGGGGGAAGCCCAUGGACGGGCACCACCUGGGGAUUCUGCUCUUUGCUAAGGACUUGUCGAGAUUCCUGGCUUUCUCCAGCAGCUCCGUGAUGCCACUUCUUUACCGCUACACCAACAGAAACUUCCCCAGCAAACUCCGGCGGCUGAUCAAGAAAAUGCACUGUGGGCACCAGAGCUGCUCCCCAGACCAAGUGGUGGUCCAGCAAGUGAUGGUAUAGAGAGCCGGUCCUGGGGCCGCCAUCAGUGCUCACCUUGCGCUCACCUGGAACGUGGCCGAGGGUGCACGCCCUACAGGCACGGUCUACUCCCCGCUCCCGGGAGACGGGUGACUGACACUUCAAUUGGAUGCACGGCACUUUGUCACUGUCUUCCCCAGGAGGUCACUGCGGCAAGAACAAAGGACAGCACAAGGCAUGUUCUGGCCAAGCUUUCUGUUGUUCAGAAAGGCCACGUUGUUCAAAGCAGCAGGGGCCUGGUGUGAAGGAAAGCUGUGUCAGCCCUUCUGCCCGAGGCGUGUGCACUGCUCAGUCCUCCAGGUCCACGCCCUCAGCCUCCAACACACUGGGUCCCCGGAACAAAGUGAUGACAAUCAAAAGCCAGUAUUUAUACUUUGUCUUGUUAAAACUCUUGAUUCCCUCUCUUAGUUUAUUUUUGUUUAUAAGAAGAGAGAUCUGAGAGAAA